GGCGUGACGUCAUCGCGGGGGCGGGUCCUGUGGCGGCGCUGCCCGCACGGCCUGGCGGAGGCAAGGUUAAGCAGCAAUGGCAUUUGUGAAGAGCGGAUGGCUGCUCCGGCAAAGUACUAUUUUACGUCGUUGGAAGAAGAACUGGUUUGACCUGUGGUCUGAUGGUCGCUUAAUAUUCUACGAUGAUCAAAAUCGCCACGAUAUAGAAGAUAAAAUCCACAUGCGAAUCCAUUGCAUCAACCUCAGAGUGGGGAAUGAAUGUCGAGAUUUCCAGCCUCCAGAGGGGAAGCAGAGAGACUGUUUACUGCAGAUUGUUUGCCGUGAUGGGAAAACAGUUAACCUCUGUGCAGAGAGUGCAGAUGACUGCCUGGCAUGGAAACUUGCUCUCCAGGAUGCCAGAACAAACACAGGCUAUGUGGGAUCUGACGUGAUGUACGAUGAGACAGCAAUUUCCUCAGCCCCUCCCCCCUAUACAGCUUAUGCCACACCGUCACCUGAGGUUUAUGGCUAUGGCUACGAUCAGUACAAUAGUGCUUAUCCCACUGCUGGUCCUCAAGUCUUCUAUGCCUCCAAUGGACAAGCUUAUGCUGUUCCCUAUCAGUAUCCAUACCAAGGACCUUAUGGCCAACCCCCUGCAAACCACGUCAUCAUUCGAGAGCGUUACCGUGACAGCGAUGGAGAUCUUGCACUGGGCAUGCUUGCUGGAGCAGCGACUGGAAUGGCUCUGGGAUCAUUAUUCUGGGUCUUUUAGAUUACCUGUUCCUUAUCUUUGUAGUUCCGAACCCCUUUAUUGUGUGCAAUAAUAUAUUGGCAAUGUUGUUUACUGUUAAACUUUAAGAAAUGCGAUAGUUAUUUUUCAGUAGUGACGUCUUAAUAACUGAUUCUUAACUGUCUUAAGGAGACUUUAAAGGCACCAUUUAGUUGAGUGGUUGGAGAUGGCACGUGCUGCUCUUGAAUUACGUUCCGAUGUUAGAAGAUAGAAGGAGUCGUAUUGAUUAGGAUCAAUCUGAGCAUCAGUGUAAGAUGUGAGCAGUCACUAACUUUAUGAACAGACUUACUGUAAACACUGUAGAAAAACAUUAGGGGGUCCAAAUCUGGUCCAUAUACGAGGCUUACAGGAACCCUGAAUUAGUAUAUAUGUGCUACUGGUGUCUAAACAUUCCCUGGACAGAUGUAUAGCUAAGCAGAAACUCCUUGGCAUUAAGUAGCCUGCCAUGCUCGAGGAUUUUUUUGUUUUCAAACUUGCCUGCAGAUGGUAGUGUGUUCUGUUAGAUGUGGUUCUAUACCUCUCUCUCUCACACCAUCCAGGUGAAGUAGUUAUUAUGAACGUAUAAGGAAACCACUAAGAAGGGGCAGCACUCCUCAGUUCUGUUAUUCUCCCAGAAAUAUGAAUGACCGGUGGCAAUGUUUGUUGUCCACCUCCCUCUUUAUCCUGAAUCACUCUUUGAUCAGAUGGAAGUAAUGAAUCUGUAGCUUUGCAAUUGGUCUUCCUUGUCUGUAGAACAGGCGCCUCGGAUGCUGUACCAGCUGCAUGGGCAGAGGAAAAAAACAUUGUCUUGUGUCACUGCUCAGUACGGCUGUUGGUCUGUAGGAAAACUAACCUGACGAACCCUUGGGCCUACCAGAACCUCUCUGCAGGCAGGAAUAGUGCAGAGGGAAGAGCCAAACAGCACAAGUAGAUCUUGCACACAGGUAGUUUGAUAUCAGCUGCCUUGCUGUGGCUGGAACAGAGGGUCUGCCUCGUAGCUUCCAAGGCUUCCUGAACCAGGUUCGUUAUUUGCAUCUAGUGCUGAGCCUGGAUCCCUCACAUUCAGUGUGUCUUUCCUUCCUUCCAUGACUAAGGAAAACACUCCAAGGAGCCUGGCUGGCGUUUCUUGUUUGUCUGGUUCCCUAUGCAGUGCAGUCCUGCAGGCUGCUGCGCUGCGGGCUGUGACCCUGUAACGUGGCCUGUUCCCUUACCCUGGGUUCUAAUCCAUGCUGAGCUGUGCUUGGCAGGGGAAAGCAGGCUCUGAAGAAACACACACGCUUUCUUAUUCAGGUAAAAGAGGCAGGGUGCCUAAGUCGAGCUCUUUAUAGUAAGAGGACUUAUUUUUAUACUUCCACUUUCAGCUUCCUGUAUUCCUACUGUUUAAAUAAUGUUAAGUCCUUCGUAAGUCUUUAGGUUAAUUUCCUUAAGGUUCAGGGGUUUCAGGUAUGUCAGGAAAGAUGGAAAUAGAUGAGAAUUUGCACCCAUAUAAAUUUAGGUCAAGCCCCGACCUUUUCCAUUUCAUGCUAAAGCUGUCUUGGCUCUAUCCUAUAUAUUUAAGCAAUACAGGUCUUGGAUGAGAGUUUGGAUAGCAGCCAUGGGAAGCACUAAGUUUUCAUGACUCUUGGGACCAAGUCAGCAAACUUACUGGAAGGAAACAGACGGUUGUAAUCUUGGCAGCAUUGCCAGGGCUCAGCCUAAUGCAGGGAAUGUAAAUUCUUUCCAGAAACUUUGGCUUGGAGCCAUAUACCAAUGUGCAUGCAUGUCCUUUGGCAAAUUAAUACAAGCUGCAUAUGUUCUCCAGGUGGCAUGUACAGAAAGGACUUGUUGGAGGCUCAGAAGAGGACUAAAGCAAAAGUUAUGGCUAGUCCAAACCAAAAGGAAUUGGAGCACACUCCAGAAAUUCUCUUAGAGGCCCUUGAGCUCAGAAGAAGAUAGCGAUUAUCUGGAACUUAAGUCAACAAACAUUUCUACCCUUUUUAAGCCUUGAGAUCACCUUGAAGCUGAUUAUAGGUCUACACUCCUGUUUAGUUUGUGCUUUGCAAUAUAACUAGUUCUGCAGAAUGCCUCCACCUCCGCUUGUCCCUGUGUGGUAUUUAGCUUGUAAGGGGUGGGGGAGAAUAAAAUAACUGAACAGCAUUAUAAUUUAUUUUUAAUUUCAUAAUGAUUGUGAAACAAUAGCACAAAGUGAACGAGCUAAUAAUUUAUUUUUAGA